AAAAAAUAGAAAAAGAAAACACCAUCGUGGCGCAACAAAUCAUUGAAUCAUCAUCUUUUCAUCCUUUCCAUCUUUUCUCUGUGUCUGAGCUUUGCUGUUUCCCUUCUCUCUUUUUUUUCCUCAUAUUUUCCAAACAUAAGAUUUUACUAAUUAAAGAAAAUAAAAUACUACUGUAAUCCGUUGCCGGUCGUUGAUGGGUAAGGAGGCAUGGCAAACGGGGACCCUAAUUUUGCUUUUGUGGUGGAUGAUGCUACCAUGCGCCGUCUCCGGUCCCGUUAGGGUUCCAUUUUGUCUCAAGGAAUCAAUUUCCGACGCGAUCUUUGACUUCCGAGACUCCUACUGUCCCAUUAACUCUGAUUUCACUGAAUCUAUCGAUUUCGUUGGUGUUACCGAGGGAGAUGAGGUUUCGUUGCAAAAGGUGCUUAACAUGGUCCACAAGAACAGUCAUGAUUACGUAGCAGUGCUUUUCUAUGCAUCUUGGUGCCCGUUUUCCAGGUCUUUUAGACCGACCUUCUCUAUCCUUUCUUCCUCCUAUCCUUCCAUCCCCCAUUUUGCCAUCGAAGAAUCAGCUGUCAGGCCAAGCAUACUCUCCAAGUAUGGAGUUCAUGGGUUUCCUACUCUUUUCCUUUUAAAUUCUACAAUGCACGUGCGCUAUCUUGGAAACCGGACUUUUGAAUCUCUAGGUGCAUUCUAUUGUGAUGUCACUGGCAUUAGGAAGAAGUCUCUGGAUAAAGCAUCAAUUAACAAAAUUGGACAUUUGUCAAAUCAUGAGAAGCAUAAUAGCACUGAGCCAGAAAGUUGCCCAUUCCCAUGGGCAAGAUCUCCUGAAAAUUUACUAAGACAAGAGACCUAUUUAGCGCUGGCUACCACUUUUGUGCUGCUUAGGUCGCUUUACCUAUUGUAUCCAACAUUGCUUGUAUUUGCUCAUUUCACCUGGAGAUUGCUUAUUCGAAAUUUGAAGUUGGGGAGUUUGUUGGAACAUCCUUUGGCCUAUCUAAAACGAGCAAUUCAGUUGUUUAAUUCCCUGAAGGAACCUUGCAAGAGAAGCAAUUUGCAAGGUGCAAUGAAUGCUAGAGCAUGGGCCUCUAAAUCCCUUGCAACUGUUUCAAUCGGUGACGCCAACACAAGCCGUGCUGUGCCGGUAACUGGAUGCCGCUGACUCAUUAGCUGGUAUGGAUAGGUAUUUGUUUUCCCUGAAAAAGUUUGCCUGGGGCCUCUUGAAAGCAGGAGCUUUUUUUUUGUUUCAUAUUUUCUCAAACACCAACUUUGGUGUUUUGUUUAAAUCUUUGAAUCAUGUUAUUGUAUCUUGGCUCAGUAGCUGUUAAAUUUCAUUUGUUAAUAUGAUUUUAGAUUACAUCUUUUGCAAUAAGCGGCACCGCAGCUUGUGAAUAGGUCACAGAGUAGAACCAGACUGAGAACUGCAAUGUAUCAACUAUUGGUGUAGCCUUUGUCUCCAUUAAAAGCAUAUUUGCAUUCCAAA